GUCCGCGCGCGAUAACGACGACGGCGAACAACAUCUACUUAAUGCUCCAUCUCUCUUGCUCUCUCUCUCUCUCUGAUGGCUACUGUCUCUACUGGGCGCUCUCUUGUGCUUUGUCUGAUCAUUCAGAUGCAAAUACUCAAGAUAUGUCGAACAAUCAGAGGAGAAACAGAAUCGUAUGGAUUGACAUGGAGAUGACAGGCUUGGCAGUAGAGAGUGAUCGCAUUCUUGAAGUUGCUUGUUUAAUCACAGAUGAAAAUUUAAAUAUUGUUAGUGAUGAAUUUCACCAAGUACUACAUCAAUCAGAUGAUGAGUUGGCAAGAAUGAAUGAAUGGUGUCAAGAACAUCAUACCAAGUCUGGUCUUGUGGAGGCUUCAAAAAAAAGCCAAGAAGAUGAAAGAUCAGUGGACAAAAGUCUGUAUAAUUUCUUGAACAAGUACAUACCAAAAGGAAGAUGCCCAAUGGCAGGGAAUUCUGUAUAUAUGGAUCGUUUAUUUCUACGUAAAUACAUGCCUACAUCUAAUGAAUACAUGCACUAUAGGAUAAUUGAUGUUUCUUCAAUCAAAGAAGUUGUCAGACGCUGGAAACCAGAAGUUCAUGAUGCAGCUCCCAAGAAGGAACGUAAUCACAGAUCACUCGAUGAUAUCAGAGAGAGUAUAUCAGAACUUGAUUUUUAUAGGAAAAACGUUUUUAAUGCUAACUCUAAUGAUUGAGAACAGUUAUCAAGGCGAUUCAAAUGAAAUUUCAAGAUAACACAAGUUGUCUUUUGUAUAAAAUAAUCACGUUCUGUUCAAUUGUACACUUGCAUAUGAAUAUCAAUUAUACAAAUAUUUUAAAUCAAAUCCUCAAAGAACAAUUGUUACUUGAAAAUAAAUAUUUUUUUAGAAACAAUACUCAUUUCUUAAAUUACUUCAAAGUACUUCAAAAAUAUUAAAUAUGAUUAGAAGAUUUAGAAGAUAAGUAAAUGUUGACAUUGAAAAUGAUUUGUUAUAUUUAUAAAGCUAUACAUACAUUAGAUGUUAAAAAGUAAUAUCGAUACAAAAGUAGAUCAAAGAAACUCAUCGCAUGUAAGUAAAACAGACCUUAUGUUGUCGAAUGUCGAUUUUCAUAGGCCGCAUAUAGCCAUUAAGCUAUAUAUAGGCCGAUAGGCGGUCUGUUCGCUGUGGCCUGUCGCGGCGUCGCGCAGCGGACAUCGCAAUCAGCGUUUUCGAAGCUCACCGCCAGGUGCCACUUUAGCUUGGACCAGGACAGUCGAGACUCGAGUCUACGUCUACCAUGCCGGUUCAAUGUAUUUCAGUUAGUUGUCGAUUGCUGGCCGAUUGCAUUGGUUCAGCUAACCAUAUAGAGUAAUUAACCUGUGCAUCAGCAUAUACCUAGACUUUGUAAGAACAUUGAACGCACAUGUAAACAGUUUCAGAAAUAAGUGUUGAUAGUAGAACAAGGUGUUAGCAAAUGAGAAAUAAAAAUGUCAUCCAAUCACUCAAAUGUACACCCUGAUUACGAUCCCAACUUGAAGAUCAAAGCUGAACCUGAUCCAGUAUCAGAGCCAUUGGCUUCAACUGCUCCAUCGAUACCAAAUUUAAUUCAGACCAUCAAAACAGAACCAGGGCUUCCUGCAGCGCCCAAACCCACAAUAAGAUUGGCAUCAAUUAUACCACCAAGAGAUUUAAGAUUAGGUGGAGCAAUUAAACUUGAGAAGCCCAAGAAAGUUUAUACUCCAAAUUUGAAUGCACAGAGAUUUAAAAAUAGAGAAGAUCAGAAUGCUGCUAACAAAAGUGAUCCUAAUCCGAAAACUAAAGCCCGUGGGCAAGGCGACAGAGGGAAAAAUGACAGGGGCAGAGAAAGGGGUAGAGGACGGGGAAAGGCAGCAAGUAAUAUAAUUCAAACAACUGGAAUAUUUUCGGAGGGUCUUGCCGAUUUAUCUACCAAAAGGUAUAGUGGCGGUGCUAGUUUUAGGGACAGAGAAAGUUCUGGAGGUGGAGGUGGAAGGGAAACUUGUGCAACUCUUGAAAGACCAAAAUUAUCUAUACCUCAAAAAAUUGAUAAGGUAGAAGAAGCUGAAAAGUUGAGAGAACUGCUGAGAGAUGAUUUUCUUGAUGAUGGAUUGGAUGAAGAUUCAGAAAACACACCAGUUGCAUUACCCAUGGUUAAUGAAGCAAAAUCAUUUAAAACUGAGAGUAAUCAAAAACUAGAUGUUUUAAAAGGAAAUGACAAGUCUGUUACUUUACAAAAUGGUGAAGCAAAAGCAUCUCAUCAAGUCAAGCCUGCUGCUCCUCAUGUGAAAACAAGAGAAGCAAAAGUAUCACUUACAGUGCCUCAAGUUAUGGAAAAUAAACCAAGUACCUUUAUUUUAGUACAGUUACCCGAUUGUUUACCAGGGCUUGAAUCAGAUGAUGAUCCUAGAACAAAAAAAGUAGCUGAACCUACUACAGAGAAUGAGACUGAUAAAUCAAAUAAAUUUUGUACUCUUAAUAAUUUAAAAGAAGGAAUGUUGGGUAAAUUACAAAUUUUAAGGUCUGGAAAGGCACAACUGAUAUUAGGUGAAAAUAACCUUAUUGUCGAUGUUGGAUCAAAUCUUAGUUUUCGCCAGGAUUUAAUCGCUGCAAAAAUUAACCAAGACAAACAAAGUGGAGAUCUAAUAAAUCUUGGACCUGUAAACAGUACACUGAUUUGUUCUCCCGAUUGGGAAAAUAUGUUGAAAAAAUUAUUGUAAUGUACAAAAAUAGAAAUAUAGAAAAGUUUUUACAA